UGUAUUAUAAUUUUGUGAUAAAAUUUCUAGGAAAAAACACACACAACCUCCUUCCUCCUUUCCUUCGGGGAGGGAAGAGAGUGAGAGUGGAGAGAAAUCUAUCUGAGACAGAACAGGGACAGUGAGAAAAAUAUGAGUGGGAGAGGGAGAAGAAGGAGGAGGAGGAGAAGGAGGGGGGAGCAAAUUAAAAGUUGCCAAAUGGAGAUAUUGGGUUUCAAGAGGAGUGAGACAGGAGUAAGGGUUUGCCUUCUUUCAGUCGUCUUUAUGUUAUGCUAAUCGAAAAAAACACCUAGGUAUCGACACUGUUUAGCCGUGUCAACGAAUUCUAUCCGACGAUUCUAAAUAGGCGACAACGGCUAGCUAACCUUGAACAGGCCGAUGUUUACAAGUAAAAAUCUGCGGUCAAAUAGCUAGCCCAAAGAGCUGUUGCUGAAGACUCCGCGCGGUCGUAAAUUCCACGAUUGAAAUAUGUCUGUUCAGCCAAUCGAGAGAAAUCUGACGUUUUGCAUUGCAUGCUGGCAGAUGAGCUAAAUAGAAGACAAAUGGUAACCUCUGAAGUCUACACCAGCACAGCAGAGAGAGCACGUCAGCGACCAGCUAGAGGCUGGGAGGACAGGCUUUUUGUGCUCGAAUGCGAUUAUCAUUGUCUGUCGAUUCAGUCUAUUUUUGGACAUAAAUCGCAAGCUGUACAUCAGCUGGUGGUCUAAACGAUGUUUCCAAAGCUUAAAACCGUGGCACGACUGUCGUUGCUAGCUGUUUGUCUGAUGGCACAUUGCUGCUACAAUUUGGGAGGGUGUUAUUACGAUUUCAAAAUUAAAUUGGCGCUAAAUGUGUCUACUAUUAUUUGGAUAAACUGGUUUAUAAAUUACUCCGACCCUGGCUAGCCAUAUCGUCUUGUACGCCUACUCCGACCACUAACUUGGUGACUAAGCUAGGUGUAGGGGAGAGGAAACACUAUUUUCUGAAUAUUUUCAAUAGCUUGGGCAACUGGCAAGCUAACAACGUUUUAGCUAACUGCUGCUUGUUUUCCACAUGCUCAAAAUUCUGUGAAAAUUCUGUGAAAAAUUUAACUAGCUAAAUAUUCCAGGCUUUAUUGAGAGUGCAUUUUGCCAGUUAUUUGACACGUGUAGACAUAUCCCACCAUUUAGUGGUGCUAGCUAAUCCUGCCCCUCUGACAAAAUAACCCCAAUGUUGAAAAGGGACCUCAUUAGAGGUUAGCUAGCCGAUUAGCCAUCGUUAACCUGGUGAUGGUGUCGUAGUUGUCAGCAAAUAUCUUAAAACGGACACACUUGAAGUGAUCCUUCAAAGAGCACGUGUAUCGGUUUAACUUGUGAAAUAAAAUAUAGUUUUACUGUUUUAUUCCUUUUUUUGUUAGUGGAAAGCUGAAUAUAAAGUUGCACUCUUAUCUGCGUAUGCUAGCAGCUAGCUAGAUAUCUGGGCUGCUAGCAUAAAAACAGGCUAGCAGCCUACAUUUUGAAAAUACAGCUAGUUGUUUCACAAUUCCAAAACGACCAGUUUUAUAAACUAUUAAUCGUGCAAUUCCCUACAUUGAGCUACUCAAUUGUAGCUGAGACAUUUUAUGACGCAUUGCUUUUUUUAGCUUUAUUAGGCUUGGUUCUUUCUCAACCAAAGAUGGUGGCCGAGUCGCCAUUUUGUUUUAACGACUGGUUAAAUGUGUUCAAGAGCACAAUGUUACAUCACUGACUUGACACAAUGUAUCACAUUUGUAAUUCGACAUGACGUCGAAUGACAGAUACAAAGAAGUCAAAAAUGAAAAUGUUGCUACAGUUGGACACAUCACAGGCCCCCUACAGUGGCAUGCCAUUUUUCAAAACACCACCUUGUUUAACCCAGGCAUUGCAUCUCUGAAUUAACAAAAUACACAGCUUCACCUUGAGAAUAUUCUAAGGCUACAUUUACUGAUUUGCUCCUCAUUGCUAUUCACCACAUUAUUAACUGUUUUAUGUCCCCUUUCACCACGAUACAAGGCCAGCAUCAUUGGAGUUAGUUCUGUGGAAUGUUGGCUGUAAAACAAAGCAAAUGCUUUGGAAACCUUCAACUCCCAAACAAACAACAUUUUAAAGGGAACAGGGUGGAGUUAUUUACACUUUGAUGACCAUCUUCAUUUAAUGGGAGGUGACAGGAGAGUAGACCAAUGUGCAGGAGAAGAGAGAAGGGUAGGGGCGGGAGCUUCACUCUCAUUCAAUAGGAAAAGGAAAUAAAAGGUGGUGGUUAAUGAAUGAUUCCAUGCUCGCUGUCAGAAAGCUGUGUCAUGGAUGAUGAGGACGAUCGCCGUCUUCUGGAUAUUAUAGGGGAUGUGCAGGCGUUGAAUGACUACCUCCACGGCUCCACCAACAAGUCUAUUGAGGAGGAUGACGUGACGAACGCAGCUUACGGCUCUGCCGGAACCUUCUUCACCAGUAACACUGCUGGCUCUAACUCCGGCCUCAAAGAUGAAGAGUUUGAGGAUUCAGCAGGGGUGGGCCUCCAGCUUUCCAGUAGCCUAUCGUUCAUUGAGGAUGAGCUGGGGGGAGAAGCUUCUCCAGGAGGAAUGGAUCUUGGCGGAGGAGAGGACCAGCCCUUUGACAUCCUGCAGAAGUCUCUCAUGGAGGCAGACAUCACUGAACAGACUCUGGAACAAGAGGCCAUGCUAGACUCCCAACCACCUCCCCCUCCUCUCCCCUCGGCCCCCUCCCCAUUCCCCCCCCAGCUGGUCUCGGGGGGGUACGGCAGCGGGGUCACCACAUCGACAGCAUCGUUUCCCAGUGGUCAGUUCCUCCAGGGCGUGUCCCAGCUGCCUAACGGCCAGGCAGGGGGGCACAUCCAGGUGUUGGGGUCCUUUGGUGGGGGAGGGGUCCAACAGAUCCUCCUCCGGCAGGGUGGUGGGGUAGGGGGGGCGGUGGGGGGAGUAGCAGCAGGGGGGCAGGUGUUUGCCACCCCCUCCCCAGUGGGCCAGGUGAACCAGGUGGGCUUGCCCUUUAAGAACAUCCCCCUGCAGAAUAUCAUCAUCCAGAGAGGACCUGGGGGUGCCCAGGCCCUGGUCAGACCUAUCCAGCCCAAACCCCUUCAAGCUGGGGCUCAGACAGUCUAUAGCCUGGGACUCCAGACCACAACCACCACCAUGGUUAACACCGCAGCCCAGGGACACUACACAGCUAACGGCUCCAUCCUGGUCCACUCUCCCUUGGGGCAGCAGAACCAGGGACAGCAAGGCCAGGCCAACCUGCCCCCAGGGCAGUACCUGGUCCACCACAAUGGCCCCUCAGACCCAUCCCAAUCAACCCUGCUAGCCAAUCAGAACACAGUACAGCUCGUCGCCGGGCAGAACUUCACGGCGACGGCGGGGGGUCAGCUGAUCCAGGUGGGAGGCAGCCAGGUGGGAGUAGGAGGAGCCAUGACCCAAACAUGGCAGAGUUUUCCUGGUACGAACCCUGCCCCAGUCCAGGCGGCAUCAAACCAGGGGCGUCUGACGCUGGUUGGAACGGCGACUGGGGUUCGAGGGCAGGUGUCGGGCAGCCCAGUGCAGCGCCUCGUACUGUCUCAGACUCAGAACAGCAGCUCCCUCUCCCCCCUGUCUCUCUCUGGUACUGCCUCACAGGAACAGGAGUACACACAGGACAAGCAGGCUCAGACACAGCUCGUCAACCUCCUUGGAAACAAAGCUGUGAAAACAAUGACCUACAUCAGCCAAGACGCCCCGCUAAACACACAGGUCAGCGCUCAGAAGAGGCCGGCCCCUCAGCAGCUCACCAGAGGAGGAAUGAUGCUACAGCAGUUGAGGAUGGAUCAUUCGGGGGUUCUGUCACCUGACAUCGCCCGCUUCACCUCAUUGGAUGACGCACUGCACAGACUCCUCCCCUACCACGUGUUCCAUGGAGCUCCGCCCAACAGGGAAGAGUUUUCCCAAGUGGAUGAUGAGUUUGAGUCGAUGGCGACUCAGGUAUUGAAGAGGACCCAGGUCAUGAUCAACAAAUACAGACGACUGCUGAUGGUGGAGGCUGAGCGCUCCAGUCCCUCCUCAGAGAUGGUGAUGAUUGACAGGACCUUCAACCAAGAGGAGCGCCAGAACCUGACACAAGACAAACGUAUGAUACUGGUGGACCCAGAUGGCUUCUUGGAAGAGUUCUGCUGUGGGGUGAAGACAUCUCCCGUCUCCCUACCCUGCCUCCCCUUGGACCCUCUCUCCUCCCCCUCGUCCAGCCACGGCGGUAAACAGACAGACAGGGGGGCGACCACAGACCCCCCUUACAGGACAGACCCCCAGUCGGGCUAUGGAGACCCGGGGGGAGGUAGUGGGGGAGGAGGAAUAGACUCUUAUAAGAGUAUCAUUGACCUGAAGAGGACUCAACAUAGCAACUAUGGAAACAAAGCUGCUUGUAGCAACAACAACAACAACAGCAACUAUCACCUUGGAAACGUGGCUGCUACGGCCACAGCGGCAGUGUCGACAGGGACGGAACAGACUCAGCACCUGUCUCACCUGUCCUCUCACCCCCAGGCCCCCCUACCCCUCCCUCCCACCCCGCCCGACACAGACUCGGUUCUAGAGGCAGCCGUCAACAGCAUUCUAGAAUGUUAGACAGACAGAUUUGACAGACGGACGUGCCACCAUUCUAUCUCUCCAUCUCUCUCAUCCUCCCAUCCUUUGCCCCGCCGGCUCAUUCUUGGGGCUACAUGUUUGUUAUUGUUUAUUUUCUUAUUUUACUCUCCCAUUGUCAGUCCUUUUCAACCAGCUCUGAGUUAGUUACAGUCAUAGAAAUAUAAUCUAGAUCAUUUUUCUAUGGUUACAGUACUAUGGUUACUGUAGGACAGCCAGGGGUCAUGACCUGUGUUACAUCAUGUCCUGUUGGGUGUGAGCCGGAAGAAGAUAUCAACCCCCUGAACCCCAACUUUAGCCACGUGCAAUUAUGCUGAAGUUUAGGGAGGAAGAAGAUGAUAAUGAUGAUGAUGAUUCUGUGCCUGAGAAAUUCUAUGUUGUCCUUCAAAUGUUUACAUGAAGAAGCCUUGUAAGAAAUGUCCUUUCAUUUUUGCACCUGACAUUACACAUCUUCACACACUGAGUAUACCAAACAUUAGGAACACCCUCCUUUUUUCCCAAGAUAACAGCCUCAAUUCGUCGGGGAAUGA